AUGCUUGCCAUAUCAGCAGACGAGAUCUCCACUACAGAAUUCUGCACACAUAUCGGGGGCUUUCGACCCGAAAUCCAAGCUUUGUCGAUAGUGUUUAACAACUGCGUACCGACAAAGAAGAUCAUUUUGGUAGAGCUGACUGUACCGUGGGAAGAAAGAUGUACUCAGGCACAUGAGAGAAAGAAGGCCAAGUACGAAGAUGUCGUCCAGGAAUGUAGAGAGGCCGGUUGGAGAGCAUGGAACUACCCGAUUGAAGUGGGAUGCAGAGGGUUUCCUGCACCAUCGCUGGGAAAGAUGUUCCAGGAUAUGGGAAUAGUGGGACAGGCGAGAAAGCUGGCCAUUAAGAAGGUAUCACAGGCAGCAGAAAGAGGCUCCAGCUGGCUGUGGCUAAGGAGGAACGCCAGUAGCUGGAAGUCAUCCACUAAUGGGUAG